UGAAUUUAAUGUGAUUCAGGUCAUCAGCAGUAUUGAAAGUUGUCAACAGAAUAAGAUCCAAGAAUCAUAUGAAGAAUAAUUAUGUGAGACCAACUAACAGUUAGAAUACUGUAUAUUGCUGAGUAUGCUUUGGUUACCUUUGUCAUUGUAUGAUGAACAGAGCUUUGUUUGAAAAAUUCCAUUAGCUUAACUGUUAUACUAAUAUAAAUCAUGCAGAGAGUAGGAUUUUCUCGGUCAGUGGUGGUGAAGGAGUGGCCUGCUCGUCACUGCUUUGUGUCUCUUCCCCACCACUGGGCAAGUAUGACCCUCCCUGCCCCAACACCUACAUUUUGCCUGGAAACUUCACAGAAUCGAACCCUUGUGCUCUCAUGGGCAGGGGACAUUCAUAAUCCAAGUGCUGGUAGUGACAGCACUGUAUUGGUGAGCAGAGAAGUAUUGAAAGAUAGUGGAAUAAGUGACGGAGAAGUCGGUGUGUUAUCUCAAAUUCAAGUGCCACCUCCGUGCACAAUGAUUACAGUCAUAGUUGGAUCACUGACACAGUGGCAAGAUUUGGCACUCAAUGCAGAAGUUGCCCAGUCUGCAAUUUUAAGCCAGGUGCGUGUAAUUGGCCUUCGGCAGUGUGUCCCUCUCUGGCUGGAGGGUGGAGCUUGUGUCUUCCUCACUGUUACCAGCCUUAACCCUCCUCUUAAGUAUGGCACCCUCCAACCCAUGACUCAAGUAGAAGUCCUCCCACCUUUAGAAAAAGAUGGAUCCCAUGAUUAUAAAGCAAUUAAUUUUACACCAACCAGUGUAGAAUCUGAUAGUAGAAGUGAAGAAUUUGAUGGCAAUCAAAAAGUGGUAGAUCAUGAAUGUACUAAAAAUGUUGUUGAUGAAUCUAGAAAUCAGGAGGACAUACAGAAACAGAAUAGUUUUAAAGAAAAUAUGUUUACAAUGAUACUGAACUACAUAUACAUGAAACGUAAAGAGCAAAAAUCAGUGUAUGACUUGCCAGUAAGGAGGGACAUACAGUUGGGUUAUAGGGUUGUUCCUGUGCCAGAAGAGUUGAACUCUUCAUUCAGUGUCGGUAUGCUUGAUCAUCCAUCACUAAUCAUCAUCAGUAGAGAAAGCCUAUUAUAUACUUGUUUGAAAGAUGAAGUUAGUUUUAUUGGACACUUGAGAAAAAUUAAUUCCUACAAGGAAAAUUAUACAAUUUCAAAUGCCUCUAGAGAAGAAAGAUCAAAUGAAAUCAAGAAACAAGAUAGCAAAUCAAGUGGUGUAGUACUGGCAUCUUGUUUGUGCACAGUUAUUGUUUGGGAAAACUUUAUUGCAGAAAGUAAUGAAAAUGUAGAUUUUGUUAAAAAGAUCAGUGCUCUUUUGAAAGUCAAUAAUUGUGUGGCUGGUAAUUGUUUAAGACGACUUAUGAGACUUAGCACUUUGAAUGUCAUUGAACUACAGACAUCAGAUGUCACUGUCAAAACCUUACCAGUAUCAAUUGAUGUAUUACCUCUCACACCGUUAGACGCUUCCUGUACAUUGUUACUCACUGAUACUGUUAAGUCACAGUUGAAGAACUUAGUAGAUGAAUAUACUGUAAUUAUUAAUCAGAAGACAUUGAUGGAAAUUAAUUUAAAUGGCAAAAGGAUUGAUGUAUUCAUUACAACAAGGGAUGGAGUUCCUCUGAAGCUUGAUAACAAGUCAGUAGUGUUGUUGGAAGUAACACUCCUAAAGCAACAUGAUAGUCUUCCAUAUAUUCACAGCUCAGUUAGUGAUCUUAAUAGAAAUUACCAUGCAAAAUUUCCUUAUGUUGGAUAUGAAGGUGUCUUCUCAAAUUUAAAGCAGCAUGUUUUGCUCACCCAAGGCUGCCAGACUGACUUCUGUAAUGCCGGGCCUCAGUUUGCCCUCCUCCAUGGCAGCAAAGGCUCAGGGAAAACUAGCUUAGUUGAAUCACUUAUUGAGUGUCUGUCGACCUAUCCUUAUUAUAUGCAUGCUGAUAUUGUCAGUUGUAAGCAACUGAAAGGUAAGAAAAUGCAAACAGUUGAGAAAAAGCUGCAGCUUAUCUUCAGAGAAGCUAUUUUUAAGAGACCCUCAAUCAUUAUAUUAGAUGAUAUUGAUCAUUUAGUGCCAUCGCAGGGAUCUCAAGAUCAGGACUCUGGACCAGUUUAUGAACAUACCAUGCAAAUGGUCAGUAUGAUCACAGGACUCUUAGAUCAGCUGGUAGACUUCAUCUGUGAUACUCAUUUUCCAUUACACACACACAACCCUAAAUCUGGUUCUGUAAUUGUGAUUGCGACAUGCAUAACAAGGACAAGUGUUCACCCUCUGCUAGUAAACCCUCAAGGGCACCAUUUUUUCCCCUGUACCUUUGGAAUCCCUCCAUUAGAAGCUGAGGGCAGAGUUAAAGCUCUGAAUGGUAUGCUUCAAGCUCACAUGAAAAAAUAUAUGUGCCAAAAAAAAUGUUUGCCAUCAGAUUGUGUCAAGAGUUGCUCAGAGGACACUGGGACUGAUAAAGGCAGUAAAGCUGAUGAGGACCCAUUGUCUCGAUGCCUACAAAUAGAUGCCAAGCUAAUCACUAGACUGACAGAAAGUUUUGUCCUGCCGGAUUUGAACCACCUUGCUCUGAGGACGUUUUUGCAAGCGAAGCAGCGAUGGGGAUGCAAGUUGAAUGAAAAAGUUAGUAAGAGUAAAAGCAAAGCAAAAAUCCUUGAGCAAAUUCAUAUACAGUGUUUCCCAGAUGGAGGUACCAGCUUCAGUGAGUCCAGUGCUCAGACUCCAAGUUCAGACUCCGAUGUUAUCCUGAAUGUUGAUGUUGCUGCUGCCCUCGAGGGAUACAUACCUCUGGCUCUUCGAGGUUUGGCCCUAUCAGAAAAGAAAAGCACUGUGAACCUCGGCAUUGGUGGUCUAGCAGAGGCAAGCAGCAUACUUGAAGAGACUCUAACUUGGCCAUCUACAUAUCCAAACCUGUUUAGCAAGAUUACGUUGAGGCUUCGCUCUGGAGUGCUGCUUUAUGGCCCUCCUGGCUGUGGCAAGACUCUUCUUGCUAACACUGUCACCGCCAACUGCAGUUUGAAUUUAAUUUCUGUCAAGGGACCAGAACUUCUCUCAAAAUAUAUUGGUGCUAGUGAAGAAGCUGUCAGAAAUGCUUUUGAGAGAGCUUCAAGUGCAAAGCCAUGUGUCCUCUUCUUUGAUGAAUUUGAGUCUAUAGCACCUCGCCGUGGGCACGACAGCACAGGCGUUACCGACCGGGUUGUGAAUCAGCUGCUUACACAAAUGGAUGGUGUUGAAGGGCUCACAGGUGUCUAUAUUCUGGCUGCAACCUCAAGGCCAGACCUUAUUGAUCCAGCAUUGCUGCGGCCAGGACGACUGGACAAGUGUGUGUUUUGCCCUAUACCAUCAUUAAGUGACAGAGAAGAAAUUCUCCAGGUCCUUAGUGAAGCUGUUGAGCUUGGUGAAGAUGUAGAUUGGAGCCAGGUUGCUCGUUCCACAGAAAACUUUACUGGUGCAGAUCUCCAGAGUGUUUUGUCUACAGCACAGGUUUUGGUGGCACAAGAAGCUCUUGGAGAUAAUUUGUACAAGGGUGUGAUCCAGUCUGACCAGUCUAAUAAUAAAGAAGAAACUACAUACUCCACUGACCCUUGUGAACAAGCUGAAUUAAAAAAGGGGAACAAAUCUCUUAAAUUAGCCGAGGAAUAUAGCAUAGGUCAUAAGAAAGAAAUGGAUACUGGUUUGCAGCAUGACGUUUUGGAAGAAGUGAUAAUUGAAAAGGAGAUAGAAAAAGUGACAUUUAGUCAGAAAAGAUUCAGUGUCCAAAAGGAUUAUAAUUUAGUUGUUGGAAAUGAAAAUGAAGAUACAAACAUUCAAAUUGCACUUGUUGCUGAGAAACUAGAAUGUGAUAAACCUUUAGAAUACAAUGCUAGUGAUUGUGACCUACCUAGGAACUUAGAACUUAAAGUAUUUAAAAGACAUAUUGAUGCAGCAUUGAAGGAAGUGAAACCUUCUGUUACACAGGCAGAGCGGCUAAAGUAUGAACAUUUAUAUGCAACUUUCACAAAGUCUAAAGAUGGCAGCUUUGGUCAUCCAUCUCCAGGGAAGAGAGCUACUUUAGCAUAAGUUGGACAAUAACAUUGGAUAGUAAACAGCCACAAUAUCAAUAAAGUACUGAACAGAUAACAUAUGAAGCUAAUGAAAAUUAAUUUCAGCGUGUAGCAGUAGAGUUAAGCAGAUUUAAUUAUGAUUCUCGGGCUGUUACGUUUGUCAUAAAUGUACAGAUAUUAGCUUGUUAGCAGAUACUUAAUAAAGAGUGUAACUGUACUCUGCCAGGUAAGUAUCAUUUUAUGAAUGUAAGAUACUGACAGUAAGUAAGCACACUGAUAUUGCUAUACACUGUUUGCUCUACUAUAAAGGAAAUUGCUAUCCAUAUUGUCUAUCCAGUUUCAUUAUACAGUACCUAAAAUCAUACUAUUUUCAUUUUGUGUGCUUUACAAGGUAGCCAAUUUUACUUUUAAAUGUGCACGCAUUUAAGCUUAUGCAUACAUGCACUUAGUAUAUUCUCCAGUAAUUACUUGGCGAAUAUGUUAAUCCAAGGAAUUUGUAAUGUGCACGCAAUUAAUAUAUUCUCCAGUAAUUAAUAUUAUUGUUGUUUGAGCAACAAUGUUGUGACUUCUUGUCUUCAUUAUUAUUUGAUCUCUCCCCACCCGUGAAAGUGGGGAAACAGAAAAUUAUAAUGAAUGAAUGCUCAUGUCUACCUCUAUAUAUAUUUUGUGUAACAAACAGUGCUCUAUACAAUAGAGCCAUCCUGAUUUAGCACUUUCUUUUGAUAAUUACAUACUUCAUUUCUGAUAAACA